CCAGUAAUAUGCACCGUUCGUCGAGUGGUAGCCGAGUAUCGGACGAAUACUACAGUAAUAUGCACCGUUCGUCGAGUGGGAGCCGAGUAUCGGACGAAUACUCCGACCACCCGCCGUCUAACCAAAGUUUCAGGUCGGAAUCGGCCACCACCGCCGCCGACCAGUUACCCAAAUACAAUCCCCAAUCCUACGUGGCAAACAAGGAGAGGAGUCGCCUCAAAUCGGCAGAGACCGCCGUCCAUCUCAUCCCUCUAUUGCUCGUCCUCUGUGGCAUCAUCCUCUGGUUCUUUUCCACCCCAGGUGCUUGAGCACUUUUCUUUUUU